GCGGCGGGGCGCUUGCGUGUUUCCGGCUCCGCUGCGGAAGGGGUCUUCCUGACUUGGGCCUUAAGGCGAUCUAAGGGAUCCUGCAGACCGCGCGACGCGAGGGCAGACCUCCAAGUGUGGGUCAGGACCGGCGCGAUGGGCGGAGAGCAGGAGGAGGAGCGUUUCGAUGGCAUGUUGCUGGCCAUGGCGCAACAGCACGAGGGCGGCGUGCAGGAGCUUGUGAACACCUUCUUCAGCUUCCUUCGACGCAAAACAGACUUUUUUGUUGGAGGAGAAGAGGGGAUGGCAGAGAAGCUCAUCACGCAGACCUUUAACCACCACAACCAGCUAGCCCAGAAGGCCCGGCGGGAGAAGCGAGCCCGUCAGGAGACUGAGCGGAGGGAGAAGGCAGAGCGGGCAGCCAGGCUGGCCAAGGAAGCCAAGGCAGAGAACUCUGGGCCACAGAUCCAGGAGCUGACUGAUGAGGAGGCAGAGAGGCUGCAGUUAGAACUUGACAAGAAAAAGGAUGCAGAGAUUCAUGAGGCCCAGCUUAAGAAUGGCAGCGUUGGCGCCCCAGAGAAGCAGGAGGCUGAGGAGGAUGAAGAGGAAGAUGAGAAGGACAAAGGGAAACUGAAGCCCAACUUGGGAAAUGGCGCUGACCUGGCCAAUUACCGUUGGACCCAGACCCUGUCAGAGCUGGAUCUGGUGGUGCCCUUCAACGUCAACUUCCGGCUGAAAGGGAAGGAUGUGGUGGUGGACGUCCAGCGACGGCACCUCCGGGUGGGGCUCAAGGGGCAGCCAGCGGUCAUUGAUGGGGAGCUCUACAACGAGGUGAAGGUGGAGGAGAGCUCAUGGCUCAUUGAGGACAGCAAGGUGGUGACUGUGCAUUUGGAGAAGAUCAAUAAGAUGGAGUGGUGGAGUCGCUUGGUGUCCAGCGACCCUGAAAUCAAUACCAAGAAGAUUAACCCUGAGAACUCCAAGCUGUCAGACUUGGACAGUGAGACACGGAGCAUGGUGGAAAAAAUGAUGUAUGACCAGAGACAGAAGUCCAUGGGGCUGCCCACCUCGGACGAGCAGAAGAAACAGGAGAUCCUGAAAAAGUUCAUGGAUCAGCAUCCAGAGAUGGACUUCUCCAAGGCCAAAUUCAACUAGUUCUGUGUUUACCUCCCUGAACUCUUGGGGCUGAGCCCCCGAGCCAUCGAACUUCCUUUCCCAACAUUCCCUGGUUCUUGGGGAGCCUCAGGGCAGGGGCAGGCAUGGGGCUGGCCCAGGUACAUGGGUUCCAGGACAUCAUGGGAGAAGGGCUGGGCCUACUGUUACACAUUAAAGCUGUUUACCCAGCUCCACCUGUGUCCU